AGGCUGCAUUGGCAUGCGGAACACGCAUGUGAUACUGGACCUCCAUGAUUGGAAAAACUGAAAUACAAUGAAUGAAAAGGGCGGGGCCAGGGACAGUCAGGCUGGGGAGGAAAUGGCUAGAUGAUGCUGGACUCCAGGGGAGGAGUCGGCACACCUGUGCAAGACUGAAGGGGAGGAGCUGGUACCCCUCUGCAAGACUGAAGGGGAGGAGCUGGUACCCCUCUGCAAGACUGAAGAGGAGGAGCUGGUACACCUGUGCAAGACUGAAGGGGAGGAGUCGGCACACCUGUGCAAGACUGAAGGGGGAGUUGGUACACCUGUGCAAACCUGAAGGGGAGGAGCCGGACACCUGUGCAAGUCUGAAGGGGAGGAGUUGGCACACCUGUGCAAGACUGAAGGGGAGGAGUUGGCACACCUGUGCAAGACUGAAGGGGAGGAGACGGUACACCUGUGCAAGACUGAAGGGGAGGAGACGGUACACCUGUGCAAGACUGAAGGGGAGGAGUUGGCACACCUGUGCAAGACUGAAGGGGAGGAGUUGGCACACCUGU